GAUGUGGUAUGCAAAGGCUGUGAAAUGAAAGAGAGAGUCUUCUCUGAACCCAUGCGGAUGUGACUUAUUUCUAUUCUAUCCAACACUCCACGAGGUUGGGAACUGUACUAACUGCUGUCGAGAUGACAAUGAAUCACACAACUUGUCAACACAUCAGCUUUGACUUUACAGGCAGAUUUCUGCCUCCUGUUUACAUCUUAGUCUUCAUCCUUGGUCUGGUAGCUAAUGGAUGGGGGUUGAAGUCUUUGCUGCAGAACUGGAAGAAACUGGGUAACGUCAACAUUUUUGUUCUCAACCUCGGACUUGCAGAUAUUCUGUACCUGCUCACGCUCCCAUUUUUGGUGGUGUACUACUUCAUGAGGAGUAAAUGGAUCUUUGGAGAUGCAUUCUGCAAGAUAACACGAUUCUGCUUCAACAUGAAUUUAUAUGGCAGCAUUGGGUUCCUUACUUGUAUCAGUGUGUACAGGUACCUGGCUAUUGUCCAUCCAAUGAGAGUGAUGGGAAGAAUAACUGUCACCCACUCUGUGGGGAUCUCCGUCAUGGUUUGGCUGUUGGUGAGCGUUCAAAGUCUUCCAGACAUGUUCUACAGCAAAACAUUCGGAAACCAGACGGCUAGAUGCUACGACACCACCAAUGAAAUCUAUGUUGAGGAUUACCUGAACUACAGCCUUGGAAGGACCCUCACUGGGUUUUGCAUCCCAUUCCUCAUCACACUGGGCUGCUAUGGACAUGUGAUUGUUUUUCUCUGCCGCACAAAAAACACUGACAAGGUACUGAAACAGAGAUGCUUGAAGUUGUUGUGCAUCUUGAUUCUCCUCUUCUCUGUUUGUUACGUCCCCUAUCAUGUAUUCAAGAACCUCAACCUCUGGUCAAGAGUUCUGUCCAGACAGAAGAUAUGCAGAGAGUGGUUCAAUGGAGUCUACAUUGCUCAUCAGAUAAGUCGUGGCCUUGUGUGUCUGAACAGUGCUCUCAACCCUCUGGUUUACCUCCAUGGAAAUGAAGGUAAUCUUGCUCAGCUCAGACGACGACUCCAGCAAGCUCGUCAGAUGUUCAGCCAACUGAUUAAAUUCUAGUGUGCCCGUGGCUCAAUUCACCGAUGAAGUAAAGCACAAGGGCAACGUGUUUAACGUGUUUAACAAUGUAUGUCAUACUGAUUGUCACAUCUACAUUGAGUUCAUUUUUGUGUUGUGCAGUUUAGAAGGAAGAAUUUCUUGUUUUAAUUGGUUUUGUAUUAUUAUUACUAUGUAAAUUGUUUCAUAUAAACGUGCUCAAUUAUUUAUUAAAUGCUCUGUUCAGUAAAGGAAACUUUGAAUUAUCUGACCGCCAGUGAAUUAUUGGUCUGUGUGGUGUCUGUGUAUGAAUUAAAAUGUUAGGGAAGUCUUGUAUUGGUCACCAAAGCAGUUUUUGUGUUGUUAAGGAAAUGGAUUUAAUCAAAUGUGUUUUCAU